UUGGAACAAUUUUUGAUGUUUGUAAGGUGUGUUAACAUGGCGCAUUUCGUGACGCACAUCCAGCCGUCCUUAUCGGAGCUUCAGCACCACUCGCCACACCACCACCACGAACACCACCACGACCAUACCUCGUCACACUACCACGAGUCGCACCAGCACGCCUCUCCCCCCAAGAAACCUCAUCCCCCCGCACAUUUGCACAUAGACCUGCACUCCACAGCCGCUCCUGCAGCGCCGCUGCCUGCUGCGGUCAAGGAGUCGGAUGGGAACACAUCGUUCCUGCGCGCGGCAAGGGCCGGCCACCUGGACAAGGUGUUAGAGCAGCUUCGCAACAAUGUCGACAUCAACACCUCCAACGCUAAUGGUUUGAAUGCUCUACACCUAGCUUCUAAGGAUGGCCAUGUGCAUGUCGUCACUGAGCUCCUCAAGCGAGGAGCCAAUGUCGACUCUGCUACUAAGAAGGGGAAUACUGCGCUGCACAUUGCUUCACUCGCUGGUCAGGAGGAGGUAGUGAGACUGUUAGUGGAGCAUGGAGCUUCCGUCAAUGUCCAAAGUCAGAAUGGCUUCACACCCCUGUACAUGGCAGCGCAGGAGAACCAUGAUAAUGUGGUCAAGUACUUACUCGCCAAUGGUGCUAAUCAGAGUCUGGCUACGGAGGAUGGGUUCACUCCCUUGGCAGUGGCCAUGCAGCAAGGUCACGACAAGGUUGUGGCUGUGCUCCUGGAGAACGACACCAGGGGCAAAGUUCGACUGCCGGCUCUGCACAUCGCAGCCAAGAAAGAUGACUGCAAAGCUGCUGCCUUACUCCUACAGAAUGAACAUAAUCCUGACGUAACGUCCAAGAGUGGGUUCACCCCUCUACACAUCGCCUCCCACUACGGCAAUGAGGGCAUUGCCAACCUGCUGCUCAACAAGGGCGCAGAUGUCAACUACUCAGCUAAACACAACAUCACACCUCUCCAUGUGGCAGCCAAGUGGGGCAAGAGCAACAUGGUGUCCUUGUUACUGGAGAAGGGGGCUAACAUAGAGUCCAAGACGAGGGACGGUUUAACGCCGUUACAUUGCGCCGCACGCUCAGGCCAUGAGCAGGUGGUGGACAUGUUGCUGGAGCGGGGAGCUCCUAUCAGCUGCAAGACUAAGAAUGGUCUUGCACCACUACAUAUGUCCUCGCAAGGUGAUCAUGUGGAUGCUGCUCGUAUUCUGUUAUACCAUCGUGCACCUGUAGAUGAGGUGACGGUUGACUACCUGACAGCACUACACGUUGCCGCUCACUGCGGACACGCCCGAGUAGCCAAGCUGUUGCUGGACCGAAAGGCUGACCCAAAUGCGAGGGCUCUCAACGGUUUCACCCCCCUCCACAUUGCGUGCAAGAAGAACCGCAUCAAAGUGGUCGAACUUCUGCUCAAACAUGGUGCUUCAAUAGAGGCCACUACCGAGUCUGGCCUGACACCCCUGCACGUGGCAAGCUUCAUGGGCUGCAUGAACAUCGUCAUCUACCUCCUGCAAAAUGAGGCGAAUCCCGACGUGCCGACAGUAAGGGGAGAGACUCCUCUACACCUGGCGGCACGAGCUAACCAGACAGACAUCAUCAGAAUUCUGUUGCGGAAUGGUGCACAAGUCGACGCAAGAGCCAGAGAGCAGCAGACACCACUGCACAUCGCGGCAAGAUUGGGCAACGUCGACAUUGUGAUGCUGCUAUUGCAGCAUGGCGCAGCAGUAGACUGUACCACCAAGGACCUCUAUUCGGCAUUACACAUCGCUGCCAAGGAGGGCCAGGACGAGGUGGCUGCAGUGCUGCUGGAGAACGGAGCAUCCCCUACAGCCACCACCAAGAAGGGCUUCACUCCUCUACACCUAGCAGCCAAGUAUGGCAACAUGAAGGUGGCCAGACUGCUUCUGCAGAGAGAUGCUCCAGUCGAUGCUCAGGGAAAGAAUGGAGUGACACCCCUUCAUGUAGCCAGCCACUACGACCACCAAAAUGUGGCCCUACUGCUGCUGGAUAAGGGCGCAUCACCUCAUGCCACUGCAAAGAAUGGACAUACUCCUCUCCACAUCGCUGCCAAGAAAAACCAAAUGGAUAUAGCAACAACUCUGCUGGAGUAUGGGGCAAAGGCCAAUGCUGAGUCCAAGGCUGGCUUCACCCCUCUCCAUUUAUCAGCUCAGGAGGGUCACAUAGACAUGAGUUCUCUACUCUUAGACCACCAAGCCGACACUAACCACAAGGCCAAGAAUGGCCUGACGCCUCUACACCUCUGUGCCCAAGAAGACCGUGUCAGCGUAGCUUCCGUCCUUGUCAAAAAUGGUGCUGAAAUUGACACAACCACUAAGGCUGGCUAUACCCCACUUCACGUGGCAUGCCACUUCGGUCAGCUGAACAUGGUGAGGUUUCUGCUAGAUGAGGGCAGCAAGGUGAGCACAUCCACUGCGGUUGGUUACACUCCCCUGCACCAGGCAGCCCAACAGGGGCACUGUGCCAUCAUCAACACUCUUCUGGAGCACGGGGCUCCACCCAACGCUACAACCAAUCAAGGACAGACAGCACUGUCAAUAGCUCAGAAGUUGGGUUACAUCAGUGUUGUAGAAACACUAAAAGGAGUGACAGAGCCCACAACCAUCACACCCUCAGGGACAGAUGAGAAGUACAAGGUUGUUAGUCCAGAGACUAUGCAGGAGACCUUCAUGUCAGACUCUGAGGAUGAAGGAGGGGAGGUUCUGACUGGCGAGUACGCUCAGUUCGGGCAGCCUGCGCACGCUCAGCACGUCUAUCUGCCUUUUUACCAAGGCGAUACCCUCCUCACACGUGAAGAUACCUUGCUUAGUGAGCAACCAUACAGAUACUUGACGGUAGAUGAGAUGAAGAGUCUAGGAGACGAUUCUCUGCCGAUAGACGUUCGCCAGGAUGAGAGGAUAGACUCCAAUCGGGAGUGUAUGACAGUGCCACCAACUGCUGUAGAUGACACUAUCAGCCCUCAACAUCUCAAGGAGUCAUACUCCCAGUUCACUACUCCUGAUAACAUUGACAUCUCAAAACAAACAAUGCAUGUCGGAAAACUCCAAUGGAGAAAUUUUCUGGUGAGUUUCCUGGUUGACGCACGGGGUGGUGCUAUGCGUGGGUGUCGCCAUUCUGGGGUACGUGUGAUUGUGCCUCCGCGUCGUGCCAGCAUGCCCAUGCGUGUUACGUGCCGUUACCUCAAACGAGAUAAGCUCAGCCAUCCCCCACCUCUCAUGGAGGGUGAGGCUUUGGCCAGUCGCAUUCUGGAGCUGGGGCCUGUUGGCGCCAAGUUCCUUGGACCUGUGAUGAUUGAAGUGCCUCAUUUCGGUUCCCUGCGUGGGAAAGAGCGAGAGAUCGUCAUCUUACGCUCGGACAAUGGUGAGACUUGGCGGGAACAUACGGUAGACUGCAGUGAAGAGGCAGUACAGGACGUGCUGAGUCACAGCUUCGACAAAGAAGAUCUGGCCCAGCUGGAUGAGAAUGCUCGCACCACACGUAUUCUAACUACCGACUUCCCGCACUACUUCGCAGUGGUAACUCGAGUACGCCAGGAGGUCCAUGCCAUCGGCCCUGAGGGAGGCAUGGUCUCUUCCAGCGUCGUACCCCAAGUCCAGGCUGUCUUCCCUCAGGGAGCUCUCACCAAGAAGAUCAAGGUUGGAUUGCAGGUAAAUCUCUUCAAACCGAGGAAGAAUGCUACUCCAGCUUCACUAAAAAAGAUCACUGUUAACCAUGUGCCAAAGAAGAAAAGGUUUUCACUUGUCUGGUAAGUUAGAAAUUAUAUCUAAGCUGUGUUUCCUCCUGUUGUUUCCCAAAUCCUCUCCAGCAUACACCAGUUAGAUUUUGGACCUCAGGAAUAGAAUCAAAGUUAUAAAAGGUCAAAGUUUCAAUAAGAUAAGGUUUUCAUUCCAAAAUUGCAUUUAAUUACUCCAUUGAAAUUCUUAUUUCAUAAAUAACCCUUAUUUGUUUAAGUAGUAUUAAUAAGCUUGUACCUUUAGUGUAGAAAUUAUAUAACUAAAUAGCUAAUUUAAAUUCCUUAAUAGUCUCUAUAAACAUUUGAACUUAUGUCUGCAUUAAAUUUGUUUGAAAUGUAUAAUAUUACUUAAACUUAAACAUAAAUGUUACAUAACCGUUAAAAUGUAAUAAAAUGGGUUUCAUGGAUCAAAACAUAACAUUACAGAAAUACUUUUGAUAUUCUGAUUUGUAUAAUAUAAUGAGUAGUAACUGAAACUACUUUCCAAUAUCAUACAUUCAUUGUAAACAUUACCUAAAUAUCAUUUAUAAAUUCCAUUUCAUUUGCAACAAAAUGUGUACCAUUUAAUGGUAUGGAUUAUUUGUUUCUAGUUCAGUUCAUUUUAUGCUGACCAUCACUUUCUAGACACAGUUUAGAAUGUAUGAUGGAUCAAGUUGUUAAUUCGUCAUCCCACCAUUUUCAUCAAUAAAGUUUAUUUCUGUUUUCUUAACAUAUAUUUGAACAGCUUUACUAUUUGUUGCUUACUGAAAAACUACUAAAACUAAAAUCUUACAAUUCUAAGAUGAACUUCCAGUGAUUUUAGUAAAGUAGCUCAAGGUAGAGCGAUUGGUAAUGCAGCCAAUAGGUUUGGGUUCGAUUCCCAACUUUACGUAAAUAGUGAAAGUACAUCUUCUCUAGAUUUUGAUUUAGUACCCAUGUAUUUGAUAACUUAUCAGUAUUGAAAGACAUUAAAUGCUUUCAAAACAGGUAUGAGCACACUCACAGUAUAAUAGCACAGACUAUAACAGCUUUUCUUUCAAAAAUCUUUUUAAAGAAUAAUUUCUCCGUUUAUCAUUAGUGAUUUUCGUAAAUAGCGCAGUUUAAUGUGUUCAAAUUUUACUUACUACAGAAGUAAUUAGUAUCUUUUUUGGUCAUUUUUAAAAUAUUGCUUUUUCUUUAGAUGAAAGUUUACCAAUUAUCCUCCCCUAAGAAUUUAAAAUAAAGUAUACCUGAGACAGAAGUCCUUUCUUAUCCUUAGUCUUAUUCAGCAGAGCUCUAGAUCCUCCCCUCCCCCUCACCCUUUGUGCUUGCAUGCGCUUGCUGUACAGUUAUAGCCAGUACCUCAAUACUCAGCCAUUGUAGUGUUAGACUCACACUAAGUUUAAUUAAUGACUGCUAGUUACCAUACCUGUUUUAUAUAUAAAUAAUAUAAAUAUUCAGGCUAUAUGAACCUUCAGUGGUCGAAAGGUUGUACAGCCAUCUGUAAAUGUGUCUUGGACCAUAGUUGUGACCCUGUCUCUUUAAAUUACUAAUUCUAAGAUUAUAUGCAUCGUAUUCAUAUUAUAAUUAUGAAUAGACCAUCAAUGAACCCUAGAUCUGGCAAUUAAAACAGUCCCUAUUGUCAAUAUUGCUCUUUAUUUACUUUAAAGAAAGAGUUGUGGUUCAAAUUAUUUAAAAUUUAUAAUAUUGAAAAUAUAAACAGAAAAACAGGGCCAUUAAGGUAGUAUAUCUGAACAGACCGUUACGGGUGUGCUGUAGUUACAUGCUCGGCGCUGGCCUCCCAUACUCAUAGGACAUUUCAUUUAUACACCUUUCGAUCGCUAAGGAUUCAAGCUGAAAUGUUUCUUCAAUGUGUGAUAACAGUCAAACACAUUUGUGAUAACCUAAGUUAUUGUACUUUCUAAAAUUAGAAUGCAAUUUUGACAAAAAUGUUAAAAACCUGUACGUUUGUUUUAAUAAAUACAUUCUGUAGUGAUUAAUAGUGCUCAUGUGUUACAUAUUUAGAACGUCUAAAAUACGUCUGGAUAGUAUUCAUAAAGUAUUAGAUAACCAUUGUUCCGUGACCCACAAGUGGGUCUCUCAGUUAGUAUAAAAUGGCCCAUUACCCACCAGUGGGUCAUACCGUUGUAAACACGUUAAAUAUUCUGAACUAAUUUAUUAGUCUAUAUUUUAGAACCAACUAAUUAAAAAAAUUCAAAUAAACUUUCAUUAUUUAAUGUCUUUACAUUUUAAUAAUUUUUUUAACAUUUAAAAAGUUAAGUAAGUUUGUAGGUGAUUCAAAUGCAGCUUUCUGAAAGUUUCAUAUUAGGAAUUUUUGUGUUUAAGAAAGAUUUUCUGUAUGGAAUUGUUAGUUUAUCAAUUUAAAGCUAAUACGGCUACAACAUAUUUUAUUUUGUGUAUAAGGUUAAAAUUCAUUUCAUCAAUCCACUAAUAAUGUACUUACCACUUCAGAAUAAAAAUGGGACUGUUAUACAAAAUCAGACUGAGUGCCAGAAAGGACACUACAUUUUUACACUUAUCUUACUAAAAUAUGUUGCUAAAGAACUGCUAUUAGUCAAGCAAAUUCUAGCAGGCUAUCUACACAACAUAGUAAGACAGGAUGGCCAAGAAGUUUCCCUGGGCACAGGUAUAUUAGACUUGGCUGGGUAGCCUUGAACCCCACUCCUGACCUAUGACAAGGAUGGUGCAAUUGUAUAAGAGCCGCUAGUUCUAGAGGUAUAUAUCUGCCACGCUGCGUCUUUUGUUGCGUAACAUGGUCCAGUUGAAAAGUUAGCUACCAUAAAUAUUUACAUAUAAAAACUAAAUUACUUCUCAUUUAAAUUUUCUGUAAUACUUUCUAGAAAUAAAUCCAUUAAAUAACCAAGUAAUGACUAGUCACCAGUCCGUAUAUCGAUGUCUUGUCCCAAGCUAAAGACAUACACUGAGGAAACAUUUCAGUCAAACUUCUUAUGAAAGUUUUUGAUUAGGCUAUAUUAUUCAGUUGAUAGUUUAUAUUAGUACAUAGUAAAUAACAGCCAUCAACAUGAUCCUGUAUUAUUGUAAAGGUUCUGCCUGUUAUUAAAAAGACUAUUCUGGUGUCGUAGUGUAUCAAGAAACACUGCCAAAUAUUUGAAUAAACACUUUGAUAGUAAAUCUUACAGUUAGGAACAAAGAAUAACUUCACAAAAAUUGUUUGAUCCCAAUACUGUUUAUUAAUUUAGAUAAAAUGGUAUGUAUAUAUUAUACAGUGUAUAUAACAUUUAAAAGUCCAGAAUGCAAUACAUUCAAGAAAGUAAAAGACUAAGUUAUUAAAAAAUGUAAAUUUGUUCAGCCUGAGUUAUAAUCAUGUUAUGUUGUAACUAAUAAUUCAACAAAAGGUUUAUGAGAAUAGUAAUAUUAUAUUGAUACACUAAUUAUUUCUUGUGUUACUUACAACAAUUUACUUUGUUAGAAUAUUUAUGAUGUAGGCUAUACUCAGAAUUUUGACUUGAAUUGAUGUAAUAAUCUUAAAGUGUACAGUAACAUGUCUGUAACUGUUAUUCUGGGAUACAAUCUCCACUGCCACUCUAUUGAUGUGUCCCAACUUUAUUUAAUUAUAAAAUACCAACAUGUGAUACCCUUUAUUCCAUUGGUUCUAAAUAAAUGAUACUGAUAAAAUAUAAAAUGUUUUAAACAUUUGGAACAGAGUUCUUAACUUUAGUAUACUACAGUACUAUUAAGCUUUAUUUAUUACGUUGUACAGAAUAGUGUAUCACAAUAUUAAAACUUGCUACAAAAUAUUGUUUAAAAAUUCUGCAACUAUGAAAAAACUAAAAUAAUUUUUUAACUACCUUGUUAUGUUUUCAUGAAAUAAUUUGUGGAAUAUAUCAAAAAAGUAAACUUUUUACAUGUUGAUUGCAUUUUGUUGAAGAAUAAUCACUGAUUUAAAAUUUUAAUUUUGAUAAUGAUAUUGUUUCAGUACACAAUAGUUUAUUAUAAAACAAUACUAAUUAUAUUUCAGUAUUUCUUGAUUAAUACGUAAUAUAUACACUUAUAAUAAAUAUAAUAUAAUAUAUUCAUUUUACAUUGUUAUGCAUGAAAAUUGUUAAAGGGAGUGUGUAUAAAUUGAUAAUAUGGAAAUUGUAAUGAAAUGGUGUAUUAGUAAUAUUUAUUACAAAACAUUUUUUCAUAAAAUAUCCCUUAAAGUUAUUUUAUUUCCAUUUUUUGAUUGUUUUAAAUAUGUAUAAUGUAAAAAUAAAUUAAAUUUCAAAGUAAGGAUUUUACCUUUGGUAUUCAUACUAAUUUGCUUUUUGCUUUGCUUAAUUUGUUAUUAUCACAAUAUUAAAAUUAUUAGAAAUUCUUUUUUGAUUUUAUAAUAAACCAUUAUUAUAUAUUUUCUCUUAUUAUAAAAUCUAUAGUACAAAUGUGUUAUACUAUCUUCAAUCAUUAGUUGGCAGAUUUUCCAUUCUUAUAAAAAAUACGAUAACUUAUAUGUUUUGUGUAAGGAUAUCUUUGGUAUUUAUUUGUACUCAUUUCUUUACCAGUGUGAAUUGUAAAGUUUCAUUUUUAUAUGAAUUAAUGGUUAAUUGGUAUUUGUAAAAUACUAACAAUGUACUACAGCAAAACCAAAGAAGCCAAAAACGUUCUAGUCCAAUGUCUAUGUGCCAAACUGUAUUAUUAUAAAAAUAGCAUUAUAUAUCCUAGAGUAGAGUAAGAAACAAAUACAAAUUAUACAAUUUAAGUGUUGUAUAGUAGUAUUUUGUAUAAACUUAAUGAAAAAUCAUCAUUGAGUGAAUAGUUCUAGUCAAAAUUGCUUAUUUUUGCAAUUUAUUUUAAAUGUAGUAACAUAUUGUUAGUAUGCUGUGAAAGCUACACCAGCUUUUUCUUGUGUUGGGAGUUUAUUUGUUGCAUGAUGUAAAAACUUAAAUCUAGUCAUAUUAUAAAAUUUACUUUUAAAAGUUUGAGUGUUGUGUAAACUAGGAGAAAAUUGAAAAACCGAUGUAACUUUUAUACUUGUAUAAAAAUAUUGUUUUCUCCUUCAAAAGUAUCAGUUCCACAAAGGAAACUUAUUCAGUCUGCCUCUUUCUCUUCAAAAAUUAAACAUCUUUCCAACAUCAAAUUGAAUAAUGUUGAUGUCUGAUAGUGAAAAUAUUUUUUUAUGUAAAAUAGAUAGCCUGCUCCUAGCACCGACACUAACACUGGUUAAGGAAGCACUACUCAAUGUAAACAAAGUUGCCCAAUAAAUUUAGUUGAACCAAA